UCCCCACUCUCUCUCUCUCUCACUCACUCUCGCCGUCUCUCGUCGCUCCGUUUAGGGAAGCUUCAUAGAGUGAAGAACUUCAGUUGGAUGGGGCCAGACGCCGGCUUCAGGACCGAGGAAUUGCGUGCGGAGAAGGUUUGAAUUUCUUCCCGGGACAGCUUUAGACACGGUGGAGGAAAGGUGCCGAGGAAGUGAGCGGCAGAGAGAUCUACUGGAUUUGAGCUUGAGUUCUCUACUCAGCUCUGAGGUGGCAAAGAGCUCCAGGCUUGGUGCGGUUUUAACGUGUGAAAUUGUAGGAUCGAAUUCCUGACUACUUUUCCCCGAGUUUGCUUGGGGAUGGAGAUCGUGCAUGUUUGCACGGCUCUGUGUUGGGUUCCACUUUUCGCUGGCUUCGCGAUAUUGCCGGUGGGUACUGAAGAAUAUCCGACGCCGGACAAUGAGACUGCGAAGAGAUUCUCUUCCCCGUCCCAGCACAUGGACGUGGUCCACCCCACCGCAGUCUGGCACAAGCAGAAUGAGGGCAGCGUCACCCCGGAUUUUCAGGACGGGUUGAGGGACAUCAACCGGUCGGCGGGCAGUGCCAGCAAUUUCUCUUGCCCCGAUGCGCCCGACAGCGACCCUGCCUUCAAGUACAUCAACGCGGCCAUCUCCUGUGUUAUCUUCGUGGUCGGAGUGAUCGGAAACGUUACCCUGUUACGGAUCAUUUACAAGAACAAGUGCAUGAGGAAUGGUCCCAACCUGUUGAUCGGCAGCCUGGCCCUGGGAGACUUGCUUUACAUCAUGAUCGACAUCCCGAUCCACAUAGUUAAGCUUCUGUUACCAAAGUGGCCUUUUGGGAUUGUUGUUUGCAAGCUGGUGCCUUUCUUACAGAAAGUAUCAGUGGGGAUCACAGUGCUGAACCUGUGUGCUCUGAGUGUGGACAGGUACCGAGCUGUUGUCUCCUGGAGUCGAGUUCAGGGGAUUGGAGUACCCCUACAGACAGCGUUAGAGAUCAUUGUUAUCUGGGUUCUCUCUAUCGUCUUGGCUAUUCCUGAGGCCAUGGCCUUUGACAUAUAUCCACUGCAAUACCGAGAAAGGUUGUUCCAUGUCUGUCUCCUUCUUCCAGAAACACCAUUUAAUAAGUUCUACAUCAACGUGAAGGACUGGUGGUUGUUUGUGUUUUAUUUUUGCAUGCCGCUAGCCUGCACUGCCUUCUUUUACACUUUGAUGACCUGUGAGAUGCUGAAUAAGAGGAACAAGAGUUUGAGGAUCGCUUUGAGUGAGCACUUGAAACGGCGCCGAGAAGUAGCCAAAACAGUUUUAUUUUUAGUUGUGAUUUUUGCUCUGUGCUGGUUCCCUCUCCAUCUUGGCAGAAUUUUAAAGAAAACUAUUUUCCGUGAAGCUGGCCCGAAGAGAUGUGAAUUCUAUAAAGUCCUGCUAAUGUUGAAUUUCAUUGGUCUCAAUCUAGCAACUCUAAAUUCGUGUAUAAACCCCAUCGCUUUGUACUUCGUGAGCAAGAAAUUUAAAAAUUGCUUCCAGUCCUGCUUGUGUUGCUGUUGCCAGAGUCAAACUCUGAUGAAUAUGAUGCCCAUGAAUGACACCUCCAGGCAUACAAGCUUGCAUUGGAAAAACCAGGAGCACAAUAACCCCGCCGAUCGUAGCAGUCGGAAGGAUAGCAUGAACUGAAAGGUGGAAGUUCUAGCCGACAUUUCAAAAUGAGCACAGUUCGCGCCUUCCUCCAUGUCUCAUUCUUCAUGACACCCUCUGUGGUGGAACAGAAGACAGGAUGGAAAAUGACUUGGGCCCAUCAUCUCAGACUCAUUUUGGGCUCCCAAAGAACUCUGACUGUCUGUUCCAAAGAGUUUGUUUAUAUAUCACCACUGAAGUAUUUUUGUUUUGAAUAUCAUCAAGAAAUAUUCAAAAUCAAGUGCCUUUGACCAAUCCAGAUAUGCAGGUGGAAUACUUAUCUUCUUGAAGUGUCUUUGGGGACUACAGCAGGUUUAUAUCUGCCAAUGGAACGUUGUUUAAAUUGAGACUGAAACUGACAUUUCACAGUUUCUGUCACACAGAUGUUACAUGCUAACAUCCAAGAUGAGAGACUUCUUCAUACACAUAAUCUUUGUAUAAAAAUCUUCUAUCCUAGCAAUUGGAUCCAUUGGUACCUAUUUUCCUUGUGCAGAACUCAAUUAAAAGCAAUUUUAGCUUGCCUAAAUCAUGCCAAUAUGCAUUUCCAGGUCAAAAUGUGUGCGUGAGGGAUUUUUACUGGUGCUUUCUUACUAAAUUUACCCAGAGUUGGCAUUUUCGUGGCUCUAGUUGUAAACUUAAUGACAUCACAAAUUCACAUGGCAAAUGUUCUGCUGUACCAGUGUAGAUGGAGCUCUUGGGGAACAGUCAUAAAGAGAUUAGGAGCACUGCACAGGGAUCAACAAUGAGAUGUCAAUUAAAUGGUCUGUAUAUUGGCAUCGCUAUUUUACACACAACCAGACUCUGAGUUUAGUGUUCAAGGUAGAACAGUACUUGCUCCAUCACUAAUUACACCCUCAUUAUUCACUAUACAACCAAGCUACCUAAAAUAAUCUCUGGCCCCUAGAAUAUUCUGCACUCACAGUGGCACCAUUUGUGACACAGGACUCAGUCAGGUCAUCUAUCACAUAGGGAUUGCCUUCCCUACAAGAUCCAUAUCUCUCCCUUCAUGCAUUUUCUGUCACAACCAUGACUACUUUUUAUGCUGCUAUAUUAUGGCUGCCAUAGAGAGAUUUUCUUUACAGUCUGGUGAACUUAACCGCUGGGACAAAGACACAUCAGUUUUAAGCAGAUGUGUGUAAACUGCUGUAACACUUUUUUAAUGUAAUUUUUCUCAAAUUUCUACAGGGGAUUUAUUUUGGCAUUAAAUAUUAUACAAGGCACAUUUGCCACACCAAAAAUGGAAUAAGUGAACUUUCUAGCACCUGCCUUUUAACAUCUGGGAUUGUACCUUCUCAUGCAUGUAACAGGUAGAGCAGGAAGCAAGUUUAGCAAUUAAUUUGAUUCAAUUCAAAUAUUGACCUAACUAGUACAUUUUAAUAAAGAUUUAUACUGUAGUCAACAAAAAAGGAAUUGUCUCCGUUUUCAUCAUUCCCACAAAAAGCAUGACAGGCGUUUCAAUGAUUAGUUGUAGGGAAGUUAUAUCCUUUUCCAUGCUAUAUAUAAUCAAUUGUGUUCAUUAUAUAUUGUUUAUCGUCUGUUUCUAGCAAUGUUCAUAGAUGUGCAUAUGGAUAUAAAGAAUUCAUCAGUAACAUUAUCAACAAAACCUAAUUCCCACAUCAAAGUUUUAAAAAUUAUAUUAAUCACAAGAUCUGAAUGCAACAAAAUAUGUCUCAGAUGAGUUCAGAUUUAUUGGUGUUAGUAACUAAUUCUGCAGCUCUCACACAGUACAAUUCAAUCAAGGGUUUAUCUGAAUUACUCUAAUUUCAUUUAAAUACUGUUUGAGUACUUAAUGCAACAUGCCACUAUAAAUGCUAUUUCUAAACAUUUCAUAUGCCAUCUGCAACCAAUUAACUCUUGCAUUUGUUUUCCAGAUGUUGAGUAGAGUACAUCUGACUUGUGUUAUAAUGUCGAGCAACAAGUUGUGUGACGCUGAUGGAUCGCAUCACAGAGAAGUUUGCCUUUCUAUAUUCUUUGCCUUUGAAUUUCAGUCACUGAUCUUAGAUAAAGUCAAGGUGUUAAUAGUUUUACAAUGUUCUAUAACUAUUAUGUACUGCAGAAUUAAAAUACUUGUUUUACAUUCAAUUUUCCAUUAAAUGUGAGUGGAUGCACUUGCCCUUGAAUGAAUAUUUUGUGUAAGUCAAAGCAGUUUGUAUUUUCCCAUUUUAUAGUUGUUAUUCAGUGAAUUGUCCACCCUUUCACAACAAAUGAUGGAUAUCUCACUAAUG